UUAUUGAAUGCAUUCAUCACUUUUUCUCUUAUCUUCCAUAUCUCCACUUCCUUUAAAUCUUUGGAUCUUCAUCCACCACUCACCAAUUGCCCAACCUCCAUCUCCAUCUCCAUCAUCAUCAUCUUCACUCUGUUAAUAUACACACACACUCUCUCUCUAGAUCUCUCUCUCUCUCUCUCUCUCUAUAUAUAUAUAUAUAUGGCGGGAAACGAAGAGUUGAAGGUGGAGGUGGAGCAGAUUCAGGUGACGUCGCCACCGCCGACUGGAGGGUUAGCAAGACAAGGAAGUAUUGCAAAAAACAACUGUUUAUGUUCUCCGACCACUCAUGCUGGUUCUUUCCGGUGCCGGCUCCAUCGUUCUCCUAGCGGCAUUCAACGAACAAAAAGCAUCAAUUUGGAUUCUAAACCUAAUGAUGAUCAUCAUGAAAACGACGCCAUCAAAACCCUGAUCUCCCCCACCUAAUUCUUCUUCUAUCAUUCAUGUACAUGUAAUUGGAAAUAACCAUGAAAUAUGUUUGCAUUAUAAUUAUAUAUACGCGCUUAAUCAUCUAAGAAGUCUAAAAUUUACGAGAUCCGUGAGAAAUUCUAUCUAAAGUUUAUGUUUUAC